GCAUAACGCCUAUAAACCUUAGUAAAGUGGAUAUAUACGUGUAUCUGGUGACGCUUUGGCAAUGUAAAGGUUUUAACUGGAAAUAAAGGAGCAAUAAAGCUCCUAGAAUCUCAACCUUAAGAAGAUGAGGAGGAGGAGGAGAGAGAGAGGGCGGGAGAGCGAGAGAGAGAGAGAGAGUCGGAUUUAUCAAGCUCUGAAAGCAGAUUAAACGGUUAAACUGAAGUGCGUCUCUGUGAAACUCCCAUCGGACUAACCCGCCUUCACUUUAUUUAUUUACCGUCCCAAUGAGUCUUCUGUCGGCGCAAGGCGAUGGAUAGUUCACGAAAAUGUUACUCUUCGUAUAAGAGCUGAGGACACCUUGGAGCUCCCAUUAUGGCAGCAAGCAAGAGUCCAUGUCUAAUGCAGAGGACCACUGGAUCAAGAAGAAAACAAAACGCCUGCACACUCUGGAAUUCAUUAUUGAUGAAACAAGACAUCUGAAUCUUUCUCUUUGCUUAUAGUAACGUUCAAAAGUUCAGGUCCAAAAUAUAAAUGCAGUGCAAAUGGAUAGGACAAAAACUUCAAAAUUCCUCACACUGCAUAUAGUUUUUUUGAGCUAGCCAAUGAAAUCAAUUCAUUUAAUGUUAGCUGUCGAACUAACUGACUGAGGCAUCGGAAUGAUGAGUAGACUCAAAUGACCAAAGCAAUGCUGUGAAAAAUUGGUGAUGCAGUCCAAGGAAAAGUUCCUCCUCAAUGGGGAAAUAUAUAAUCUGACUCUAAGUGGCCCAAUGGUGACCUUUCACCCUGUGUGUAGCUAAAUGGAGGAGCGGGAUCGCAGUCGCUCACCGUCUCGCAGGACCAGCAGAGUAGAGCAGGUGGUGGGACGCUGGCUUCGCCGCUCCAGAGAGUCCAUCAGCCGAGAGCGUGUGCUAGAAGAUGGGCAAGUUGCCGACAAUGGCUCCCAAGAGCAGAGGAGCUGUCCAAUUAGAGUCACUGUUAAGAUCCCACUUGACCCCACCCUUAACUCCCAUGGCUUUACUGUCUCAACACACACUCCACCCCAGGUGCUGGACGUGACAGAAGGUGGCCCUGCUGAUGGAAAGCUUGUCCCUGGUGACCAACUUUUUAAAAUAAACAAUGUUGCCGUUGAUGAUCUAUCUACAGAGCAGGCUGCUGAUAUCAUCAGAGAAUGCCAGAACACUAUAGUACUGACUGUCCUAAGAAAUACUGGGCCAAAGUCAUCCUUUAUAACUCCAGAGAAGAGAGCCAAGCUGAAGUCAAACCCAGUUAAAGUGAGGUUUGCAGAGGAGGUGGUGGUCAAUGGUCACUCACAGGGUAACUCUCUGCUGUUCCUGCCCAAUGUCCUGAAAGUCUAUCUGGAAAAUGGCCAAACGAAGGCUUUCAAGUUUGAAUCUAAAACCACUGUUAAGGACAUAGUAAUGACUCUGAAGGAGAAACUCUCAAUCAACCGUAUCGAACACUUCUCUCUGGUGCUGGAACAACAGUACAGCAUCAGCAAACUAUAUCAACUGCACGAAGAAGAGAUUAUUCAAAAGGUGGUUGAAAAGAAGGAGACUCACGACUACAGGUGUCUGUUCCGUGUCUGCUUUCUACCUAGAGACUUUAAGAGCAUGCUCAAAGAAGAUCCUGUGGCCUUUGAGUAUCUAUACUUACAGAGCGUGAGUGAUGUAUUGCAGGAAAGGUUUGCAGUGGAGAUGAAAUGUAAUACAGCUCUCAGACUGGCUGCUCUCCAUGCACAGGAAAAACUAGCCAGCAGUGGACAAUCCCUUAAAACACCACUGAAGGCCAUCAUGAAGGAGUGGGGUAUUGAAAGCUUUGUGUCCCACACCUUACUGCGAAACAUGAGAGAAAAGGACUUGAAGAAAGCAAUCAGUUACCACAUGAAAAAGAUUUUGUCUCAGGAGCCCAAGCAAAAGGUGAUCUCAGUGGAUCAAGCUAGACUGAACUUCUUGAAUGAGAUGUCUGAACUCAAGUCCUAUGGAGGAAAGGCUUUUAGUGCCACUAUGAUGCUGCAGGACAGAGAGUCAACGGUGAGUUUGUUGGUGGGAGCUCAGUAUGGGGUGAGUCAGGUGAUCAACCACAAACUGAGCAUCAUGACCACACUAACUGAAUUCAGCUGCAUUACCAGAGUGGAACUAUUACCUGAGUCUGACAGAGUUAGUUUGGUCAAGAUCUACCUGCAGGAUAUAAAGCCAAUAACCUUGCUGAUGGAAUCAGUGGCAGCUAAAGAUUUAUCGUGUCUAGUUGCUGGUUACUGCAAACUGCUUGUGGACCCCCAGGUCUGUGUGUUCCCCUGGUCAACUAAUACAAAGAGCCACCGCAUAUCAGCAGAGGAGGGUUAUGUGUCACACUGUGGCAGUGACUCUGAUGACUCAGACACAGACGUGGAUGCUCUCCUUGCUCAUGUUGCUAGCACUGCCAAAAGCAACAACACAGCAGUUAAACCCAGUCAUAAGCUACCAGAAGAAACCAAAAAAGCACAAAGUUACAUGGAAAAAGAUGAAGAGGUGGAGAAGGAAGGAGGCAAAGAAGAGGAGGUGGUUGAGAAGAAGGAAAGGGAGGAGGACAAAGAAACCAUCCAUGAAUCUAUACAUGGUAAUAAUGGAAAAACAGUGGAAAGAGACAACGAGAGAGUGGGCACAGAAAAGGAAGACAAAGAGCAAGAGAAAAAGCCUCAACAUCCUCAGUGUGUCAUUAUUGUCGAUGACCCAUCAUCUGAAGCAUCUGAUUCAUACCAAACCGAGUCACAUUUCAUGACCAGCAUGUCCAGUGACUCUAUAGAUGCCCUAGAGGAGGACGACCUCAUGACCUACUUUUCUACCAGACGCCCAUGCCAUUUACCAGUGAAAGACUCUUACUGCUGUGAAGAUCGCUAUUCACCAUCAUUGUCUCUGCAGCAACUGCAGAGCAAAGAUUCUCAUUCCCAAAGUGUCCUGUGCUCUGCUGAUUCCCACUGUGAGCCUGAUAUUGACCAAUUCUUUUGCUUUCCUGCACUCUCAAAUAUUGCUGAAUGUCUACCUAGUCCCCCUGCAGCCAGUGAAGAGGAGGAUUGUGAGGAAUUGGUAACAGAGAAUGAAAAACAUGAAAAGGGGUCACCUGCAAAAUGUCCUGGGAGCAGCCUACCUCCUUCUGGAGACUAUGUGUUCACAUUUGAACAAGGAGACACCAGACAUUAUUACAAUAUCUGCUCCAAUGUUACCCCUGAUAGUGCCCGGAGCCUUCCACGACCUCUCUCUCCUCCAGGUCCUGUGGAAACACAACCAGAUCAGGGAAGAGAGAAAGUGAAUCAGACAGAAAUGGUGCCAAUUUUUCAACCCCCACCAGGGUUUGGAGACAGCAGUUCAGAUGACGAGUUCUUUGAUGCUCAGGAAAGAUUCACAUCCCCUGAAGAACCCUCCUCAACUGCCAUGACAAGAGAAAAAUCUGCAGAGUCAAGCACCAUAUUACAGACACUAAGCCUGAGGGGGAUUGGCAUCUGUGCAAGUGAACAAGAGGCAGUGGAUCUAGAGAAGAAUGAAAAGGAGGAAGGAAAAAUGGUUACUCAAGUUGAAUGGUCAAAUUUCAACAAAAGAUCCAAAAAGCGUCGCUCAUUCAUGGAAACAAAUUACACAUCCCUGGUAUCAUUCCCAGAACAGGAUCAUUUAGGUAACAGCUAUGGAAAUAGCAUCCCAAACUGUGGAUCUAUAUCAUUCAGCCAAGGUGCUGGCCGAAUGGCAUGUUUUGAUGGUGGAUGCUCAGAUCAAGGUCCAUGUCCUACAGUCUUAUCCCUAACCGAUUCUGAAGGAGAACCAGCGCAGCUGGAAUCCAAACCCAUCAACCCAUCCAAAGUCAAUGGAUCAGGACCACAUAAUCCUACUGAUACACACUCAAACAAAGUAUAUCAGCAGAAACAGCAACUUAUAGAGAUGGAACCAGAUUCCAUGGUGUUCAAAUCAGUCACUGAACUAAUGUCUACUGUAUCGCCAGCUAUAGUAGCAGUACGCUCCCACAUGGACUUGCAGGAUGAAGGAAACACCAGUAACCAUAGCAGAGAUGAUCAAGAGGAAGGUGCAGUGGGAGGUCUAGUUGAGAGACUGUUUGGAGGUCACUUGUUCUUUGAUAUGUCUAGAGGACAGUGUGAUAGCAGUGUUUUAUUUGAUCAAAGAGAUGAUCAGGUAACCAAACAAAUGGAAGAUUUUUUCCAAGGCAGUUCAGUGACUCAAAAGAGCAGCUCACUACCAAGACUAGGCCAGAUAUCCCCAUCAAGUUUACCCUACUUCCAUGUCCCAAGCAUAUCUUACACCACAAGCCCUGAUAUAGACACAGAUGAUGAUACUGUACAUCUACAAUUUGGGAUGGGAAAGCACUCAGUGGAGCCAAAAGAGAGAACCAGAAGUCAGAGCAUGUCUGCAUCUUUUGGUAACGGUGCACUGCAUUGCCCAUCAAGGCACUUAUUUUCCCAGCAAGUCAAAGGACCAGAAUGUGAUGAAACCGACGAUACUUGUGACCCUUCACUCCGAGAACUGUCUUCUAGUGUACCAUCUUAUGAACCAGCCCAAAUGUUCCUUCUUUCACCCUGUUCAUCCGGCAUCCUUGGGCGACUCUCUGCCACAACAUUACGGGGAAAGAUCCAGAACCUUCCCCUCUACUUAUCACGUUCCCAGGAAAUGUUAAAUACCAGUUCUAAUGGCAGUGGCAAUGUUAAGCCUGAGAAAAGACUUUCAGAAACGCAACUACAAAAAAAUGAAGUUGAAGUUGCAAAAGAGGCAACUGAGGAUGUAACGCUGAAUGAAGGUUCUCCUGAGGUAACAGAGGUAAAAGUGGUUACCAUAGUAUCUGAAGAGGUCACUGAGGUCAUUGAGGAGGUAAGAGAGGUCAGCCACACUAGUGCUAAAGCAUGUGGGCUGCAGAAAACCAAAACUGAACCUAAAGAGUUUUCUGUAAAAGCCAUAUCCCCCUUGUGCACCAAAGCAGGCAACUCUUUCCAAGUCAGCCCCUCAUCUGUAGUGGUUACUACACAGAACCUAAACGGACCCUGGGGGGUGGUAACGUCUAGUGGAUUACAAGGAUGUAGCCACUCUCCCUCAAGCACAACUCCACAUAACUUCACCUCUAGUUGUGGGGUUUUUGCAAACUGCAAGUCUGAACCUACCGUAAUCCAACCACAAUCCUUGCCUAGCCCAAAUCUACAAGAGAAACCAGACCUUAGCUGCAGCUCGGUACUGGCUAUGGGGUGUGACACUUUAAUGGAGGGUGCUCAAACACCUUCAGAGGCUUGCCAUACAGUAUACACCAACUGUUUCAGUGGAGUUCUUGACAGCGCCAGUUUCGAUGAUGAACUCACCGUAUAUGAGUUUUCCCGCAGAACGAGCCAGGGUGAAACAGGGGAUGCUAUUCUGACAUCUGUCCCUCCUUCGUCGCUCUCUGCAUCCCCUGCAUCUUUCUCUCCAUCUUCUCCAUUGCCCUCGUUCCCUCAUCUAGUACUGCCUGCUUCUUCAUCUACAGAGCUCAGUCCCCUUCUGUCUCCAUUGGAUGCCCCUGACUGCUUCCUUUCAGACCUUCAUGAACAUACCAUCACUUCACUGUUGACUCAUCGAUAUCCCCUUCCACCAACAGGAUUCCUUUCUUUGCAAAGGGAUGUGGAUACCCUCUUAAAUGUUCUUGCUGGCGCUAUGAAGAACCAAGGUGGGGUCCACGAGCACCCCAGGGAUAACUGUGUGGCUCACUUUUCAGAGAACAAAAGGCGAUUACAUGCAGAGGCUCGGGGGCUUUUAGCUGGAUGCCAACGUGUGGUCAGGGUUGGGCAGACGCCAGAGGAAACACUUCAGUCGUUGUCUGAAAGUUUCCGCUCACUGGUACAGCUGACAAGUGUGUGUUUAUGUUUCUCUAGCUGCCAGCGAUGCAGGGAGCGCCAUGCCCAAGCACUUACAGGACUAGCAAGUGUUGCAAAAACUUAUCAGGACUUUGCUCGUGCAGCAGAGCUAGUGGGAAGUGCUACCGAAAGAAAGACUUGUCAUGAUCUCAGUAUUAAACUCCUGGCUCGCCAAUGCACUGCAUUGACAACUUCAGUCUUCUGCCUCACCCAGCUCUUUCGCACUCUCACUGCCCUUUGACCUUUGAACAGUUACAUUGAGUAGUUUUUUUCCUCCAAACCGCAAGAAUAACUCAAAUGUUUUUCAAAUAAAACUGUUGUGAUAUAUAACAUUAACAUUGAUGCAGUGUCCAAAGGUAGUGGCAUACCAGUAAUAAGCGCGCACCAAUACAUUCACACACAUACAGACACUGAAACAUAAAACCUGCCAUUUAAAUAUUUUGAAUGGAUUAACUUACAAUGACAAGUGUGCUGAGAACAGAAUUCCUAAACAGGGUACUAAACAGCUUGUUUUACAGUAUUUGUAUGUUGGGUUCAAGUAUUUAGUAUUGAAUGUAAUUCUAAACCAUAACUGUCUUUGUACUAUGGUUGUCCAUAAUUUAUUCUGCUUCAUGAGGAAAGCAUAGACAGGGAUUUUGUGUAAUGUAUUUUCCAACAUUCUCUGCUCUUAUUUGCUCUCUCUUGCUUGCUUUCGCACUACUGUUCUCACCAAUGUUAUGCACAUACAGUAUAUUCUCUUCUCUCUGCUAUACCUAGUGUCUAUUAGAGAAUGUUAUAAAAGCUAUCUGCAGUAAUCACCUGGGUUAUAAAUGUUUACUAAAUACAAACAAUAUUUUACUUGAGUUGCCAGUAAUGUUACUAUGUGUUCCUUUAGAAGAAUAUACCAAAGCCUAUGGAUGAAUGAUUUUGCCGUGAAUGCAGAUUCAUUUAAAAGACUUUAUAUUAACUUUUGCACAUGCUUUACAGUUAUAACUUCAAGAAGGGAGGUUUAUUUGGAUCAUUAGAUUAUUUUUGUGGAAAACAACAGAAUCAUAUUUGGUGCCAUUGAUUUAUUUUUCACUGAUACAUUUUUCCUUUUCAGUCAUUCCUCCCUCUAUAAUUUUCCAGUUUUCCCAAAACACUGCUCACAUAAUCUUACAAUGAUCAAAUUAUUCUAGAAAAUGUUUGAAAAGUGACAGAAGUGGAAAAUUACAAAUUUGAGUGUGACAGAAUAUUAAAUGGCUAAAUUAAAUGCAAAGUAAUUUACCCACCAGUACAUGUCUGAAUACCAAAUAGCUGCCAUGCACUCUUCUCCUAUAAGGCAUGCUGUAAGCCAUAGACAUACUGUAUACCUUGGAAAUAGUGGGCUGCAUGUAAAAAUGAAUGCAUGAUUGAAAGAAUGACCAUUGAGAGAAUGAAUGGUUAUAGUAAUGAAAAAUGGCUUUGUAAUGCAGUAUUCACCCCAUUAAAAGGACAUCUAAAUGACUGGAGAAUGUAUGUUUUAUUAAUUAGACUUCACACUAUUCUCUUCUAUGUAAGUACCAACAGCCUUUUCAUCAACUCUGCAUUCUAGUCAGGAUUUUUUUUUUUUUUUUUACGACCCGAAUUCUGGAAAUGUUGGGACGUUUUUAAAUUUUAAUAAAAUGAAAACUAAAAGACUUUCAAAUCAAAUGAGCCAAUAUUUUAUUCACAAUAGAACAUAAAUAACAUAACAAAUGUUUAAAUUGAGAAAUUUUACAAUUUUAUGCACAAAAUGAAAUCAAAUCAAAUUUAAUGCCUGCCACAGGUCUCAAAAUAGUUGGGAUGGGGGCAUGUUUACCAUGGUGAAUGAGUUAUGAGUUUCUGGAGUUUUGGUGUUGGAAUUUGGUCCCAUUCUUGCCUGAUAUAGGUUUCCCAGCUGCUGAAGAGUUCGUGGUCAUCUUUGACGUAUUUUUCGUUUAAUGAUGCGCCAAAUGUUCUCUAUAGGUGAAAGAUCUGGACUGCAGGCAGGCCAAUUCAGCACCCACUCUUCUACUAUGAAGCCAUGCUGUUGUAAUAGCUGCAGUAUGUACACGUCGUCUGGAGGGGAGCAUAUAUUGCUCUAAAACCUUUAUAUACCUUUCAGCAUUCAUAGUGCCUUCCGAAACAUGCAAGCUGCCUAUACCGUAUGCACUUAUGCACCCCCAUACCAUCAGAGAUGCUGGCUUUUGAACUGAACACUAAUAACACGCAGGAAGGUCUCCCUCCUCUUUAGCCCGGAGGACACGGCGUCCGUGAUUUCCAACAAGAAUGUCAAAUUUGGACUCGUCUGACCAUAGAACACUUUUCCACUUUGAAACAGUCCAUUUUAAAUGAGCCGUGGCCCACAGGUCAUGACGGCGCUUCUGGACCAUGUUCACAUAUGGCUUCCUUUUUGCAUGAUAGAGCUUUAGUUGGUAUCUGCAGAUGGCAGGCGGAUUGUGUUUACUGACAGUGGUUUCUGGAAGUAUUCCUGGGCCCAUUUAGUAAUGUCAAUGACAGAAUCAUGCCGAUGAGUGAUGCAAUGUCGUCUGAGGGCCUGAAGACCACGGGCAUCCAACAAAAGUCUUCGGCCUUGUCCCUUACACACAGAGAUUUCUCCAUUUUCUCUGAAUCUUUUGAUGAUGUUAUGCACUGUAGAUGAUGAGAUUUGCAAAGCCUUUGCAAUUUGACGUUGAGGAACAUUGUUUUUAAAGUAUUCCACAAUCUUUUUAUGCACUCUUUCACAGAUUGGAGAGCCUCUGCCCAUCUUUACUUCUGAGAGACUCUGCCUCUCUAAGACAUCCCUUUUAUGUUACAGAUCUGAUGUCAAGCAACUUAACUAGUUGCUAGAUGUUCUCCCAGCUGAAUCUUUUCAAAAUUUCUUGCUUUUUCAGCCCUUUGUUGCCCCCGUGCCAACUUCUUUGAGACCUGUAGCAGGCAUCAUUUGUUAUGUUCUCUGUUCUAUUGUGAAUAAAAAUAUUAGCUCAUGUGAUUUGAAAAUCUUUUAGUUUUCAUUUUAUUAAAAUUUAAAUGUAUGUAUGUUGCACUGACUAUUAUGGGACAAUGAAUUUUUCACUGACCAGAGGUGUAAAGUAUUGGAGUAAAUGUAACUAAUUACGGUACCUGAUUAUCUUUUCCGAUACUUUGUAGUUUUACUGAGUAUCAAAGAUAUUAGCAACUUUUACUCUCUACUUCACUACAUUUUUGAAUGAGUGUCUGUACUCUUUACUCAACUACAUUUGAAUUGAGUGUUGCAAUUACAAAUUACAUUUUGCAUGGCACCUAGCUUUUCUGCAGCAAUUUAUUUCUGCUACAAAAGAUGUGAUAUCGCCAACUACAGGGCACUGAAAGUACUAUAUCUUGUGCAUGUUUCCCUUACUCACCCAAACUUGUCAACAAGGCUACUUUACGUGAAUGUGUUUCUUAGCCAGUAGUUGUGAAUCACAGGUGACUGCAGCUGGCAAUGAGGCCGAAACCAGCACA